CGCGCAGGGGCGGGGCGGGAAAGUUGCGAGGCGCUGAGGAGAGCGGGCGGCGGCGGCCGGGCGGGAGCGGCGGCGGCACCAUGGACGACCUGGACGCCUUACUGGCAGACCUGGAAUCCACCACCUCACACAUCGCCAAGCGACCAGUGUUUCUAACGGAGGAAACGCCGUACUCCUAUCCAACUGGAAACCACACGUACCAGGAGAUCGCUGUGCCGCCUCCAGUGCCCCCGCCGCCUUCCAGCGAGGCCCUGAAUGGCACUGUGAUCGACCCCUUGGACCAGUGGCAGCCCAACGUGUCCAGAUACGUCCACCAGCAACCUCAGUCCCAGUCGCCUAUAUACAGCUCUAGUGCCAAAAGCUCCAGUGCCUCUGUUCCUAGGGACGGGCUCAGCUCUCCUUCUCCUCGUGCCAGUGAAGAGGAACACGUCUACAGUUUCCCAAACAAGCAGAAGUCUGCAGAACCAUCUCCCACGAUGACCAGCGCCUCUCUGGGCAGCAACCUCUCAGAACUGGACAGGCUUCUCCUGGAACUGAAUGCUGUUCAACAUAAUCCCCCAAGUGGCUUCCCAGCAGACGAGGCCAGCAGAAGCCCAUCGCUGCCCGGCGUGACUGGACCUCACUAUGUCAUCCCAGAGGGCAGCAGCUCUGUGGGAGGGAAGGCUGCACCCCCUACAAAAGAAAAACCAAAGCGGAAUGGCGGGCGUGGGAUCGAGGAUGUGCGUCCCAGUGUGGAGAGCCUGCUGGAUGAGCUGGAGAGCUCGGUGCCAAGUCCAGUCCCUGCAAUCACUGUGAGCCAAGGAGAGGUGAGCAGCCCCCAGCGUGUCACUGCCAGCCAACAGCAGACCCGUAUAUCUGCUUCUUCAGCUACACGAGAACUGGAUGAGCUGAUGGCCUCCCUCUCUGACUUUAAGACUAGUUCCACUCUCUCUCUGAUUUCUGAGCCCUCCCCAGAACUGGUUCCCAGCUCAGCAGACGCAGACUCCAGCGACUCUCAUCACAGCUUAACAGUGCUUUCCUCUUCCAAACGUCUUCCUGCGAGUCACAGCGGGGACUUGGCAGCACCAUCAUCUGCCCCCUCAGCAGUCCUCCGCACUGGGGAAGGCAGUCACGUUGUAGCUCUGCCUGCUUCAGGGCAUUCUACUGCUCCUCCACGCGUGCCUUCUUUGCCACAAAUGGUCCCCGUGCCCCCUCCGCGUGUCUCUUCUGCUGCUCGUGGGGAGCAGUUGACCUCUGCAGGCUUGGUUAGGCUGAGCAGAAAGCCCGACUCUUCUAGAAAGGCUUCCCAGGCCGUGCCAGCUUCCAGUGUGGAGCUUCUGUGUAGGUCUGCUGAGGUGGAGGCACAAGGCCUAGCGUUGGCAAAGGAGAGUGAGAAAAAGGACCCCAAAAUCUCAAGUGUCCCAAUUUCAAAUACUGGUCAAGGGAACGGGCAGAUAUCUAAAGACCCGGGCCAGCAGGGAGCAUUCAGGGAUAAUCCAGCCCUUCCUUCUGAGGGCAGAAGUGCGGAAACAGCUUUAGAUGAGCUCUGGGCCCUGGAGCUGGCCGAGCAUCUGCCAGAAGUACACGCAAAGCAUGACAGGGUUUUGAGUCCUGUGUGUGAACCUUCUGUCACAGCCCUGGAUCGGCGGGACAUCUUCCCAGACACUAAAAAACAGUUGGGAUUCGUUGUGGAGCAAGGACAGGAGCUAAAAGCUGAAGUACCACGUGAAAUCCAAGCAGAUGGCUGUCCUGAUCUGGGCCAGAAGAGGCAGGGCAGAGAGAGAACUCCUAGGAAGGCAGGAGCUGCUAACAUGACCAAAGCCAGAGGAGAGCAGGAAAAUGAGCAGUUCACAAGCUCUGCAGUUGCUCCCGAACCUCCUGAAAACGUUUGGAAAGCCGAAUGGGAUCAGCUGCAUGUCUCCAAACCACCCAUCGAGAGGAUCUCAGCAUCAGGCCAGAUUAAGUCUUUAAUCAAGAGGACAAAAGAGACCUCCAAUGUACAUCCGAUGAGUCGGGACCUGUCUCCAAGGCGUAAGCUAGGUCCUGCGAUAUUUCACAAGUCAGAGUCCCAGGAUCGCUUGAUUGAAGAGCUGCAGGACAGACUGGGCAUCACCAAGGAGGGGGAACACGAGGAGUGGAAAAGCCAGGAUGACUGGCUGACAGAGGGGGUCGUUAUCACUGCCAGCCCCCAGGGAGAAGAGCAGAAUGGUGGACAGCAAGUAGAGAAGGUGGUUUUCCCUCCAGAGUCCCCGCACCCCCCAAGGAGGACGGUCUCUGUUUCAGCCUCUCCUCCGCUCCAGCCUUCCAAAGAAGCUGCAAAGACAGCCCCUGCUAACGCUGCUCUCCCUCGUGUCCCUGGCCCCGUACCUCUCCUCCCUCUCCCACCUCAGCCUUCCCACCCACCAUCUACCUCAGCUCCUCGUCCAGUCUCCUCCUCUUCCUUCAGCGUGGCUCCCCAGCCUCUCUUCCAGUGGGAGACUUCUGCUGAUGAUUAUCAGGAGCUUUCUGUUGGGGGCACCCCUCCUUCUGAAGACCCUGGGCACUCCUCUCCCCAGCCUUGGACCCCUAGCACCAGGACAGUUGUUUCUGUUGGCUGUCAGACUGAAGAUGAGGCUUUCUUCCCACAGAUGCAGGUGACCUCUGCUCCUGCCCUCAUUGGCAGUGCCAGUCUGCUGGCUGCUACGGGACCCCUGGGCCCCCGCAGCCCCGAGAAGUUCAUGGCGCAGGGGAAAGCCGGCAGCAGCUCCCCGCCAUCCACAACCCCCAAACCUGGCAGCCAGCUGGACACCAUGCUGGGAAGUCUCCAGUCCGACCUGAACAAACUGGGAGUAGCUACGGUUGCCAAGGGCGUCUGUGGAGCCUGCAAGAAGCCGAUCGCUGGGCAGGUAGUUACAGCCAUGGGGAAGACCUGGCACCCCGAGCACUUCGUCUGCACCCACUGCCAGGAGGAGAUCGGGUCACGGAACUUCUUUGAGCGGGAUGGGCAGCCCUACUGCGAGAAGGACUAUCACAACCUCUUCUCCCCUCGCUGCUACUACUGCAACGGGCCCAUCCUCGAUAAAGUGGUGACGGCUUUGGACAGAACAUGGCACCCUGAACACUUCUUCUGUGCCCAGUGUGGAGCUUUCUUUGGACCUGAAGGAUUUCAUGAGAAGGACGGCAAAGCCUACUGCCGCAAGGACUACUUUGACAUGUUUGCUCCCAAGUGUGGAGGCUGUGCCCGGGCUAUCCUGGAAAACUACAUUUCUGCCUUGAACACCCUGUGGCACCCUGAAUGUUUUGUCUGUCGGGAGUGUUUCACACCAUUCAUCAAUGGCAGCUUCUUCGAGCACGACGGGCAGCCCUACUGCGAGGUGCAUUACCAUGAGCGUCGCGGCUCGCUGUGCUCUGGGUGCCAGAAGCCCAUCACAGGACGCUGCAUCACUGCUAUGGGCAAGAAAUUUCACCCCGAACACUUUGUCUGUGCCUUCUGCCUCAAGCAGCUCAACAAAGGAACCUUCAAAGAACAGAACGACAAGCCCUACUGUCAGAACUGCUUUCUCAAACUCUUCUGUUAGAGGCGUCCUAGCUGGGAGCUAAGCAUCUUUCUGCCUCCCCCCGGGCAGUUCUGUCUCUCUGAACAUUACUGUGAUUUCAAAACCUUCCCAGGCAGGGGAGAGGGCGGGUGGGGGGUGGGUGGUAGAGCUUGCUGCUGCUGCCAAGAGGCAGCAGCUCCAGAGACGGACCAUUAAACUGGAAAUGCCCUUGCUGUGUCUCAGCAGAGAGAGGCGAGUCCCCUCGUUCCUGUGUGCGGCUGGGUGUGACUGACAGCUGAGCUUAGCCCGAGGGCUCCACCAGGGAGCUUUUCCCCAGCCCCCUCCCAGCAGCAGGAGCCUUAGCCAGUACGUUUCAGCCCGUGUCAGCGCUCUGGGCACACCCUGACGCUGGCAGACAAUGCAGUCCUGACACCUCUCUGAGGCUCCCGCGUGCAGCCCGAGCAGUAGCACAGCGAGGGCACCUCGUGAGCUCAGCACCACACGGCCUCUGCUCCCUGGGGCUGUGGGUACACCUGGCUUACCAAGAGCCUCAGCACAGGCAGCCAGGACCCUGCAAGGGUCUCUCCAGUUCCAUUACACUGUAAGGAGUUGAUACCACUUAUUUUUGUUGUUUGUUUGAAGAGGAAUCAAGGU